AUAUAGGGCUCGAAAUGCUAACACUCUGCACCUUUCUUUGUGCCUUACCUAGCUAAUUACAUGGCGAUUUGGAAUUGAUCCAGAAGCGUCGAUAGCUGCAGGCGAAAACAGCAUGGAAGCCGCACGGCAACGCCACUCAGUUACAGACAGAAAACAAGCGACUUUUGUGCGUUUGGAUGUCGUCUGCUGCGGGUUUGUCUGAACUCACCAUGCGUAGUUUGCGUGUGUGACUGGUCGUCAGCUGCGUGAAGCAGCGCUCGUGACUCCGGCUAAGCGACAGUUGGCUAAGCUUCUGUAGGGUUAACGUUAGCUGGCUAAGCUCAAGGGGAGUGGUUGUCAAAGUGUCACCCGUGUGUUAGAAAGAAAAGAAAAGUCGUCCUGCGGCUCGGUUCGGAAAAGGAACAGGUGCAAAAGCAACGGAAAAGCUGUUUAUUUAAUCCGGAAGGCAGUCCUCCAGCAAGUGUAUGAGUGCAGCCAGCAAACCCCCCUGAGUGCUGGCGUGUGGUGCGUAUAGCGGGUUGGCAUGGGGAAUGGAGUACAGGAACAUGGGGGGGCGCUCACACAGGGUGAGGUGCUUCCACGACCUUCGUCCAGCCAGUCGGAGGGUUUUAAGCAGGGCAGGAAUGUGCUGAACACAUUACUCUCUGGAGCCUUCGCAGGAGCUGUGGCUAAAACAGCUGUAGCUCCGCUGGACAGGACCAAGAUCAUCUUCCAAGUGUCUUCAAACAGAUUUUCUGCCAAGGAGGCGUACCGGUUGAUUUAUCGCACCUAUCUGACUGAAGGCUUCCUGAGCUUAUGGAGGGGCAACUCCGCCACCAUGGUGAGGGUCAUCCCAUACGCUGCCAUCCAGUUUUGUGCCCACGAACAAUACAAGAGGCUUCUAGGAGGCUAUUAUGGCUUUCAGGGCAAGGCUCUGCCUCCUGUGCCGAGACUCCUGGCUGGCUCACUGGCUGGCAUCACAGCCGCCAUGCUCACGUACCCGCUCGACAUGGUGCGCGCCCGCAUGGCAGUCACGCCGAAAGAAAUGUACAGUAAUAUAAUGCACGUGUUUGUGCGGAUCUCCCGCGACGAAGGACUGAAGACCCUCUACAGUGGAUUCACUCCGACUAUACUGGGCGUGGUUCCUUACGCAGGCCUCAGCUUCUUCACUUAUGAGACGCUUAAGAAACUCCAUGCAGAGAAGACAGGAAGAGCUCAGCCUUACUCAUACGAGCGGCUGGCGUUUGGUGCGUGCGCCGGCCUCAUCGGGCAGUCGGCUUCGUACCCGCUGGACGUGGUGCGACGGCGCAUGCAGACGGCCGGUGUGACGGGCCGCGCGUACAGCACCAUCGUGGGCACCAUGCGGGAGAUCGUGUCAGAGGAGGGCGUCAUCCGUGGCCUGUACAAAGGCCUGAGCAUGAACUGGGUCAAAGGGCCUAUUGCUGUGGGCAUCAGCUUCAUGACCUUUGACCUCACCCAGAUCCUGCUGCGCAAGGUGGGUGCAAGAUAGCCCAUCACUUUUUAGGGGCAGCACGGUAAGCAAGAUCUGUAUCCCUAUAUCUGAGGCUGCCUGGAAAGGAAUAAACAGGGUCUUCUUGCUGCUCGUGAUGGACUCAGCGAGGAGGAAGAGUGGAAACCAGUGCACAUGCUGCCAGAGAAAACAGGAAGUUUACCAACUGACACACGCACAGAAAUGGGACUUUUGUGGAAGUUUGUGUUUCCAUAUUUUGCCGGGCUGUGAAAUUACAUUUUAGUGAUUUUUUUUGUUUUGUUUUCUGAGUUGGAGAAUCUCUUGGUACACACUAUGUGUGUAUGUGUGAGUGUGUGUGUGAAAUAGAGAAAUAUAGUUACAGACAGAGACGGAAUGAAUGUACAUCCUGUAUUUUCUCUCCCUUUAUACUGCCCUCUCACAAGUGUCCAAGUCCAGUAACAUACAGGAUGUUGGGUUUAGUUGCCUUUGUUUGAAUGUCUAAAACUAUUUAGUAUGAGAGACACAAAAACAGAAGAAAUCCGAAGAAAGCAAGUACUUUUUCACAGCACUCUACAUGCACGUUUAUGAAAUUCUUAUUUCCUACAGUAUCAUUCAGUUAAACCCUCUUGGUUGCCAGCAGCCAAUCAGGAGAUGGAAAUGAUGGGGGUAAGAUCUUGAUUGGUUAAGUAUGACAACUAAUAAAUAAUAGACAUGAGGCAGGGCUUAAGGUUUAGGUCUUAAAUGGCAUCUUGUGUAGUGUUUCAAAAAAUGAAUUGAAGAAGACUAAACUGCCUGCUGCUGUUUAAUACAUUUGAAUACAUUAAUACAUUUAAAUUUAAUACAUUUACAAAUGUAACUGUGUAAGCACCUAGCAGGAAGAAAAAAAAAAGCAUCAAAUAUUCAUUUAAUCACUCAGCUCUACUUCAUGCUCGAUUCUGUAUUUUUAUAGAUAAUUUCUGUAUCUAUAUUUCCUCUCUUCUGUGUGUGUUAACCUCCGAAUUUCUUUUCCCCGCCCUUCUGCCGGACGUCUGAUGCGUCCGAGCUGCCUCGAUCGUUGAUAUAUAAUAAUGAUAAUAUAUAAACCCGAAAGAGAUAUUUUUAUUAUUUCAUUUCAGCCGUAUGAAUUUUUGAUCAUUUAGUAGUGAACCUAUUAAAUUUUUGUUUGUUAGUUUUUUAAAGAGAGAAACAGCAAUAAGGAUGUUAUGAAGCAGAACGGAGAGGUGUUAUGGGGAAGAUUCGUUGCGUCUCGCUACUCGUUCUCACUGCUGAUGAACAAUGUCCACUGCUUCUAUCUUUAUCCUGAGCAGUAUGUGGACGGCCGGUCACACCACAGAGGGCCGAGAGCAGGUGGUGUGUGUGUAUGAGAGAGAGAGAGUGAGUGAGUGUGAGAGAGAGAGACAGACGGACGGAGAGAGCUGACCAGCUGUGGGCAGUAAAAUGCAGUUUGGCUCUUAUUUAAAGUUGUGUGUGGGGUGUUGUUUCUCUCUUGUCCUACACAUCUCUGUGCUUUAGUAGGUAUACCGUGGUGCGUAUUAAGACGUGUGUGUGUUCAGGUUAGGUGUGUAAAUGAUAAUGAGCUUUGGAUGAGAAUGUACUAAGUGCCUCCAGAGAGAGUAGACAGAUAUACUAUAACUGAUGCGUACCAUCAGAAAAAGGGGAACCUUUUUCUUUAUCGCUUAACUUUUUAUUACCUUUAUUAUGGAUCUUUCACCUGGAAAUGUGGAUAUAGUGCAGCUUUAGAAAUGAAUUAAGAUGCACAGGUUGAUCUAUAUAGAGUAAAGCUUAAAGCAAAGUGCACUACAUGCGCCUUUCUAGAUAAAAGAUCUACAAAGUGUCUAUGCUUCCGGAUAACAUCCCAGCGACAGAGCAGUACAGUCGAGUUUCCUUGUUUCUGAUGCGUCAUACGGUUAUACAUCUAUAUCUUGUGACCAUGUGUGAUUAAAGUGCAAUAGGUAAAAGCUCAUUCCGAGUAACUGCAUGAUUUAUUAUCGUCCUCGUUUCAGCAGUUUGGUGUCGUGAGGAAAACGUAAAGGAAUACUCCAGCACUUUGCUGUGUGUGUGAUUACGCUGAACUGGAAUUUCAGCACCUUUACCUGAGGAGAAAAGAACAACAAACCUGUUUUCAACAUCAUUUAUAUACAAAGGACAGAGUAUGGAAACCGUUUGAAUUCUUCAGUCAGAAAUAUUCUCAAGUGCUUUCAGAUGGGACUGCUUUUUUCGUUUGAUGUGACGGUGCUGUGUGUAGCACAAUAAUGACUUUUUAUUGUUCUGUGUUGUUGGAAAUUUCGAUGACUCUUCAGAAGAACAGCUUUUGGUAACAUGUCUUCCUCAUCUUAACACCGUUGUGUUGAAUUUGCGUUCUACACUUGCAUUAUAAGUGAGUUUUGACUGAACAGUUUUUCCUGUUCUUUUUUUUUUGUUUGUUUGUUUGUUUGUAAAUGAAAGUGUUCGAUUUCCGUUCUGCGUUAGAGAUGCAUCGCUUCCCUGCUCAUCGAGUGCAUGCUCAUGCAUGUUCAUUUCCUCAUACUUGUAAAAAUGAUCUGAUGCCAACAUCGAAUACCACAUAUUUGUAUGUGAAGUAAGUCUAGUGUACGAAAUGACCACGAUCUGGAUGUAGUUCAUGAUUACUGAUGGCAAAGUAAAGCAGACCCCAAACUGCACAAUAUAUCAAGACGACGUACUGCAGUCAGUCCCUCCAGGAUUUCAUGAUUGCAGAAAUUCCACGCUAUUCAGAGGAGCUUGUAAUUUUUCAACAUUAUUGCAGAUUUGGGCCAAGACGAGUCCUGUGACAUCAUCACAACGUUCAGCGUGCGGCCAAAUAUCCCUCUUCGAUUCACGUGCGUCGAACAUGAGUACAGCUAAAAGUUCUCAUUUACCAACAAACAUCACCGUGAAAGAACGUGCACAACAAUUGUGCGAUUGCAAUUUCGUUUUCAAGAAAACUCCUCAAAUUUCAUGGCAAUUUUUUUUUUUAAGCCACUGCAAAAUCGAGCAUUUUUUGCCGCAACAAUCACAGAAAAACUCCACGACAUCCUGUACCAGAGCGCGAAAUGUGCUGUGAAUUGCACACACACAGAAAGAUAUUGAGCGAGCAGAGAAACUGUACUGUGUGUGAGAGAGCACUUAGGUUCAGCGAGCACCGAGCACUGCGAAUUUCAUGCUUUGGGUCUACGCUUUGCUCAUUUUUAACGAGCACGCUCGCUGAUGCUGCUCAUCGCACUCAGAGCUUAAAAAUGGUAAGUUCCAUAAUGACGUGAAGUAGGUUCCUCAUUUCAGUAGCGGUAUGGCUGCACUCGUACCCGGUCUUGCCAUCGAUGCAUCUGUACUCCGUGGUAACUGCACAUUUGUUACAGUGAAUAUAGACUGACUUUUAAUGCAGUGAAGUAUUCCUUUAAUAUUAUUGACUAUCGUCAAAGCUUUCAGGCGGCGUGACGUGUAAAUAUCUGCGUUUGCUUCCUGAAGUCUGACAGUCUGAUGUUCUGCACCGAUAUUCAGUGGUGUUGAGUGUUUUGAUGAAACGGUGUGAUAGGACUGUGAGCUGUGACCAGUUACUUAUUCACACAACAAUGUCAAACAAGGUCAGAUGAAAUUUUCAAAAGUGAACAAAAUGACAACACUUUGUUUUCAAAAUCUGGUUUAGUUCUCUCUGUCUCUCUCUCUCUCUCUCUCUCUCUCUCUCUCUCUCUCUGUCGGUCUCUCUCUCUCUCUCUCUGUCGGUCUCUCUCUCUCUGUCUCUCUGUCUUUCUCUCUCUCUCUCUCUCUCUCUCUCUCUCUCUCUCUGUCGGUCUCUCUCUCUCUCUCUCUCUCUCUCUCUCUCUCUCUCUCUGUCGGUCUCUCUCUCUCUCUCUCUCUCUGUCGGUCUCUCUCUCUCUCUCUCUCUCUCUCUCUGUCAGUCUCUCUCUCUCUCUCUCUCUCUGUCGGUCUCUCUCUCUCUCUCUCUCUCUCUCUCUCUCUCUGUCAGUCUCUCGCUGUCGGUCUUGUUCUCUCUCUGUCUCUCUGCCUGUCUGUCUCUCGUUCUCUCUCUUUCUAGCUCUCGUUCUCUCUCGCUCGCUCUCUGUCUAUCUCUCUGUCUCUCUCUCUCUCUCUCUCUCUCUCUCUCUCUCUCUCUCUGUGUGUUUGUUUUUAUAAAAAUUUGUUCCUUCAGCAGAAGAGUUUAUUAAUAGACAAUCACUCGAUGCCAAAGCACAGUUUGUGUGUGAGUCUGUUUUAUUUGGCAUUGUAUGUUGUGUUAUGUUGUAACUCAGUGAGGCCUAAUCACUUUGACACUGUUUGAAAAUGGUCAUUAUAUUGUCAAAACUAAUUAACCACAUGUUUUCCUUACAUGUAGCAGGUACUGAAAACUCAGACAUGUCUUUUUAAAUUUGAACUAACUGGACUAGAGAAUAUAACUUACCUUUACGAGCUGUAAAUGAAAUGUAAUUUCGCCUCAGUGAAGAAUGAAGUCACUCGAUGACGUUUCAGUGUGGUGAAAGUUCUGCUGUUUCCAAUGGUUUAAUCUCUUUAAAAUGGCUCAUUUUGUAAAGAAUUUUAGUGUAUUGUGCCAACGAAUGUAUAUUAAACUAACCAGAUCAGUCA